AUGAGCGAAUCGCAGCCCCAGCCCCAGCAGCAGCAGCAGCAGCAGCCCAACAGCGGCCAGCAGCAACAGCUGCUACGCCCUGACGACAUACUCAAGCUGCAAUGUCUUCCUGAAGACGAGAAGCAAAAGUAUCGCCUGAUCAUGCAGAAUUUCUGGAACAUCUGCAACACGCACCAGCAGGGGAGCCAGGAAAAUACCAAUGCUCGCCAGAAGUUGACAGAAUGGUCACAGAAGUUCAUUACACGCGAGCGCCAAUACAGGGCCAAGAUGAAGGCACAGCAACAGCAACAGCAGGGAAACCAGAACCAGGGACAAGCAAGCCAGGCUAAUGCCGCUGGCCAGCAGAACCAGAACCCCGUUAAGCAAGAAGGCGGCCAGGCUCGCGCCGAAAACACCGCGGGGGCAGUCGGCCAACAGCAAUCAAACCAAGGCCAAAACCAAGGUCGCGGUCAGGUGGAUCCUGCUAUAGUAAAGCACGUCCACGAAUUUCCUAUGCAGGGGCCGUUGACCGGACCUUCGCCGGGCACGCCCGAGUAUGAGGUCAAGCUGAAAGAAUAUCGGACGGGUUACUUGAACAUGCUAGCGAAGCAGGCUUCUUUGAACGAGAGUAGAAAGAAACUCAUGCAACAACUGAGCGAACGACAAAGCAACGGACAAGAUUUGCCACAAGAUCUACUCGUCUUGAAGGGCAAGAUUGAGAAGGAGCAUACCAAUAUGAGGGCGCAAAUCGACAAGUUUCGAGCUUUGCAGAAGCAGUGGAAGGAAGAGCGCGAGCAGAACUCACAGGGCCAGGCACAGGCGCAGACCCAAGGCCAGAACUCAGCACAAUCACCGCCGCCACCGCAACAGCAGCAGCAGUCGCAACAACAAUCUCAACCCCAGCCGCCUCAACGACAACCAUCGCAACCUAAUGUCUCUGCGCAACCUCAGGUGAAAGAGGAGCCUCAGAUCAAGGUUGAGGGUGGACAGCCACAGCAGCCGCAACCGCAACCGCAACCGCAGCAGCAAACGCAGCAACAGCCACAACCUCAGCAAUCCCAGCCCCAACAACAAUACAACAUCCAGGGAAACCAAGGGAACCAGCAACAACCACCGCAACAGCAACAGCAACUCAACCAGCAAAUGCCACCUUCACUUCCUCAACAGCAGCAGCAACAGCAGCAACAGCAGCCUCGGCCACCAGUGCCUCACUCGCAAACAAUGCCGCCAAAUCAAAUGCCGCAAUUCGCGCAACAGCAGCAACAAAACUUUCACCAACAGCAGCGACCUCAGAUCAACCCCAUGCAAGCCAACGCACACCAGCAGAGCAAUUCACCGCACCCACAGUCUGCAACCGGAACCGGUCCGCCAGUUCCCCUCUCUCACCAGGCUGCCGUUAGUGCUGCGAACCGAUCCUACACUGACCCCCAGCGCACAAACACGCCCAUGCAGCAAGGUGGACAAGGUGGCAACUUUGGCAAUCGCGAGCGCGAGCAACUGAACAACCCCAAGAUGCCGAUCCCUCGACACCUGAACGUAACCUCACCACAAGCUGUCCACAUGGGUCAAGCGCGGCCAACCAUGAGUGGCCCUACCAACGGUGCGCCAGGACCAAUGGGUCAGCCCGUUAUCCCGCGACCACCGCCCUUCCAGCUCGAAGGCGACGGCGACCGAGUUCUCAGCAAGCGUAAGCUAGACGAGCUCGUCCGCCAAGUUACGGGUGGCUCAGAAGAAGCCCUCACACCUGAAGUCGAAGAGGCCGUCCUCCAGCUUGCAGACGACUUUGUUGAUAACGUCAUAAGCAAUGCCUGCAAGCUCUCCAAACUCCGCGAUUCUCCCCAGCUAGACAUUCGCGAUAUUCAGGUCAUUCUCGAGCGUAACUACAAUAUUCGUAUUCCAGGUUAUGCCUCGGAUGAAGUCAGGACUGUGCGCAAGAUUGUGCCUGCACAGGGCUGGGCGGCCAAGAUGAAUGCGGUCAAUGCGGCCAAGGUUAUGGGUGGGAAGACGGAUUUUUAG